AUGCCUAGAAAGUUUUUAGGUCAAAAGAUUGAAAGAGGUGUGGAUGUCCUAAGACCACCAUCCCUUACAUUGACUGCAGAGGAACUAUGUAUGAUUCCUCCAAUUCCAAGUAGUAGUUCUGAGGAGUCAUUAAUUUUGCACGGUAUGGAUAACAAUACUGAUAAACCACAACAAAAAAAAUUAAAAAGAUUAUCAAGACAAUAUGGUGGUACAAUCUAUUUUAAAAAAAGAUUAGAAUCUGUACCUGAAAUAUUCCUUCAUGAUUUUAAGAAACGUCAAAAUAAAGACAACGAUGAGCAUUCAAAACAUAUUCCUGCUCAAUUAUUAUCUGUUGAAAGGAUGCCUGUCAUUAAGGAAACUAAUCUUAAGAGACAAAAUAGCAUCCAUAAUUGCAAACGUGUUCUACAAAGAAAUGCUAGAUGUGUCUCACAAAGUCCAGCAUAUAGGUAUUGUUCUGAACGUCCAACAAUGGUAACAUCUAAUCUACACCGUGUCCAACCACCAAAAGUUGUUAUUCAAUCUCCAGAAAUGCCACAGUCAAGACCAAAGAGGAAUAAUAAAAAUAUUAAAUUGGACUUACAUCAUCCAGGGUGUAGUAGAAGUACCAAUGAAAUUUUAUUUGAUGAGAUAUUAGAUGCAUAUCGUGCCGAUGAGGAUUGUCGGUCAAUUCCAUCCAUUGAUGAAGAGGCUAUCUCAUUUAAUCAAAAUAAAACGUCGGUUUUAAAUUCAGAAAUUGAAAGAGUAUUAGAGCACGUUCAAAAAAGACAAAAUAUUGUCGAGAUGAAUAAAAGGAUCGCUCCACAGGAUGAGGAUCUAGUAGAAGACCGGUCAAGUAAUAAAAAUAACUCAGAUACAUCCUCAAUUGAAUCUGGAUCUCAUCAUAUUAAACAUUUAAGUGAUCUUAUAUCUAGUCAUGAUGAAUCUAACGGUAGUAGCUCAGAUGUAUGGACAGAGGAUGAUAUAGAUAUUGUAUCUUCUAGUUCUAAUACAGAUGGAUAUGAGACUGCUCAAGAGACAAUACCUUCUAGUUUAGAAAUUGCAGAUUUAAAUAUUCAUGAUAUUCCAGUUACUUCUCAGGAAGAGAGAAUUUCUACACUUUCAAAUAGUAAUACAUUGAAAGAAGUAUCAUGUCAUAAAAUAAGCAUUAUUCCUGUCAUGUUUCACUUUGAUGAUGAAUUUGAAGUAAGUGAUACUGAAGGAACCGAUGGAGAUAUUCAGACUGGUAAAAUGGUUACAUAUAACCAAAUUCCUUCAGCUCACAUAGUUCAUUCGAGUAUUUCAUCUUCCGAGACUUCUGAUAUUGUAGAUGACUUACAAGCCAAAAUUGAUAGGAUAUCAAUUAUUGAUUCAGAUAAUACCCCAAGCAUAUCGAGCAGCAUCUAUUCAUAA